GAGUCACUUACUGAUAACAAUGCCUUAUAAGAUGAGCUCCGUGUUGAGAUGACACCUUGCUUCUUAACACAGCUGCUCGCUGUCUGUGCUGUUGUCUACGCUUACUCGAACAGCGGAAAAGGUUCUGACUCUGAUGAAAUCAGUGAUGAAGAAACAAGCGACACAAAGGAAUCUGGUAUUCGAGGAAAGCAGAAAACUGGAAAGAGGAAAACUGGGGCUCAAGACAAAUUUUGGGUUCCUACCUAUCCUGGAACUAAUCCGCUGAACAGGAAGAAAAUAGAAAUAACAAAUUCGGAAAUUGAAAGGUUUGACAGUUCGAUUGACGAGUCAAUAUCUGGAGUGAAUAGAAAUGGCACAAAAGCUAAACACAAGACAUCUAAAACAGAGAAGGACCUUUCAAAAUUGCCAUAUUUCUGGAGUGGGGAGAAUAUGUCAAAUAACAUAACUGUGAAAGAUCUAGCAUCUCUGGAUUCAUCUUUUGUAUCGGUGGACUCUGAAAUAUUUCAAGAUGAGGAUUCAACAGAUUUCAAAAAAAACUAUUCUCCUUUUACUUGGAGUAACAAAUCCGAAAGCUCUGUGGAAUCUUCUAUUGAAAGUAGAGAUCACUCAUCAUCAUCAUCAAGCUCAGAAGAACGUUCUCCUGAAAGUAGGAACAAAAAUAAAAUUAGAAAAAAUACAACUCCUAUUCCUAAAAAAGUAUCAAGGAAAGUUACACCAGUUAUGAAAACAAUGGAUGAGCACAGAACAGCCAAAAUGAAAGCCUAUGAUAAUAUGAUGUACACCUCUGAAGAUGCUUCUAAAUUUACAACUAACCCAAUAAAAAUCUCGGAAGAAUCUAUCAAAGGACCAGAGGUAGGGUCAAACGAGACAGUUCUCUCAAGAGAAUACUACAAAAAAAUGGUUGAAGCCGCAGUAGAAAAUACAAAGAGAAAACUAGGUUACAGGGAAAUAUCACAGAUAAUUGAUCAAACAUUUAAACCGAUUGUUCCUGACAGUCUUAAAAUAGACAGCAAGAGCUCAGCACCUGAUAUCUAUAAAGUGAACAUGGAUAAAAUCAGUCGUGAAAAAAUAAAGUCUGAGGAGGAAAUAAAUUUUGAAACAAAACACGACCAAAUUCUGCCAAAAGUUUCUAGACCAGAUAUAGAAAAGAAUAAAGGCAAGGGUAAAGAAGAAAGAGUAAAGAAGUUAGCUAAGAAACUUGUAGAGGAACCAAAGGAUGAAAUAAUUCAUUGGAAUUUAACACAGAGUGAACUUGAUAAAGUUUACAAAAAACAGAGAGAAGUAGAUUUUCCCUCUUCUGCCUACUAUGAUGCAUGGUCUGAUGUGCUUUUAAAAAACAGAACACAGCGCAAAUCCAAACAAAGAAAACCAAAAACUGCAAAACUGUCGAGCUCCUAUGAGAGAUCGUCUGAAGAUAUGAGAGCCUGGCCAGGAAAAAAUAUUAGGGAAAAGGCUGAUGAAGUGAGAAAAAAGGAGGGAAAACUUUCAAGAAAAGAUAAAAGAAAAAAAGCACGAGAAAUGAUGGCAAAAACUCCAAGAGGUAAAAAAGAGACUGACAAUAUUAAUUAUGAUGAUAAUUACAACAACGUUUAUGAGGAUUCCUCUGAUGUAGGAAAGAAACAAAGAGGAAAGAAAACUGGUGAAGAUGAUUACAAUGGAGAAAGCUUAGAUUAUGACUCAAGAUUAAGGGGAAAAGGAGGAGGAACAAAAACAGACUAUGACUUCAAUGAGUACUCAGAUUCUCCAAAGAAAAAAUCUCAGAAAAAACAUUACAAAAAGGAUUAUGAUCCCAAAAAUCCAAAACAGAGAUAUAGAAUGUCGACAGAAGGUGAGAAACGCCAUGCUUACAAAGAAGUGAAAUCGUAUUUGGAAGAUAUGGAUAAAGAGUACGGUGGAAGACCAGGUGGAGAAAGGAGAGGAAGGGGCUCUGGAAGGGGAUCAGGCAGAGGAAGAGGAUGGAGUCAACGAGACAAUGAUAGGGGGAGGUAUAGAACAGAAGGAAGGGGAAGAGGAAGAUUUGAGAAAGGGGAAGAUAGAAAGGGAUAUUGGGAUAGGGGAGAGGAGAGAGGGCAGAAUAAUUGGGAUGACAGAGGUCGAGAUAGGGAGCGAAGGGGUAGAGGGGGAGGAGGAUGGGGGAGAGAUGAUAGAGAAAAAGGAAGAGAUAGGCGAGGAAGGGGGAGAGAUGAUAGAAGAGAAUCGAGAGGAGGGGGAAGAGGAAGAGGAGGGGGAAGAGGAUGGGGAGGUGGAGGAAGAGGAAGUGGGGGAAGAGGAAGUGGAGGAAGAGGAGGUGGAGGAAGAGGAAGUGGAGGUGGAAGAGGAGGAUGGGGAGGAGGAGAAAGAAGAGGGAGUGGAGGGAGAGAAGGAGGAGGAAGGAGUUGAUAGCCAACAGCCGGCCAACAACACACAAUAUGUAUACUGACAUCACCACUCAACAUUUGUACAUUUUAUAUUGU